AUGGAAUUAGUGCCGAUAAAUCGCUUUAAAGUGGCGGGGGCGUCAAAUAGCAAUGGAAAAGGGGGACGACAAGCUGCCCCGGUCGACGUGGGGUCUCCCCUGCUCGAUUGGGAAGAGGGUGACCAUUUCAGUUUUGAGGACUCGGAACGUUUCGAGGGUGAUUCCUUGUGCAGUUGGAGCUCGGAGCCUGAGAGCCUGUGCAAUAACUGGCGAGGAUGGAGAAGGCCGAAUCUACAGAACUCAUUCGGCAACCGUUCCGCGAAAAAGUCCGUUCAAGAAAAGACUGUGUCGAGUCUAAGCGAGUUAGCAGCAAAGUGCGUCGCCUGCCACAUACCGUUCGAACUAGUGGAACAUGUAUACCCACCUGUUCCGGAGCAGCUGCAGCUACAGAUCGCAUUCUGGAGCUUCCCGGACAGCGAAGAUGACAUCAGACUGUAUUCAUGUUUGGCAAAUGGGUCAGCGGAUGAGUUCCAACGGGGCGAGCACUUGUUUAGAGAUAGAGCUGUUAAGGAUGUGCUACAGAUUGGUUUCCACUUAUCAGCCACAGUGUCGUUCAACAUGCCUCGAGCUCAGUUCAACGUGGCAGUAACAUUCGACAGGCAGCGAAUAUCGUCAUGCAACUGUACUUGCUCGUCCACAGCGCACUGGUGCUCGCAUAUCGUCGCCGUGUGUCUCUACAGGAUACAUUUGCCAACACAAGUAUGCCUGCGAGCGCCCGUAUCAGAGUCCCUCCAAAGGCUCAGACGCGACCAGCUACAGAAGUUUGCACAAUACCUUAUAUCGGAGCUACCACGACAAGUGCUACCCACGGCUCAACGUAUACUGGACGAGCUGCUGUCCGCGCAGCCGAACCAGAUUAACACGACCUGUGGAGCGCCGGAUCCGACCGCGGGGGCGUCAGCGUAUGAAUAUACGUCGUGGUUCCUCGAUGAGAAGACCUUGCACAACAAUAUCAAUAAGAUUUUAGUCAAGUUCUGUGUUCCUGCUCCUAUAGUCUUUAGUGACGUAAACUACCUAAGCACAAGCGCGCCUCCGGCCGCGGCGGAAUGGUCGUCCCUUCUCCGGCCCUUGCGAGGCCGAGAGCCCGAAGGCAUGUGGAACCUCUUGUCCAUAGUGCGAGAGAUGUUCAAACGGAGUGACAGAAACGCUAUACCGCUUUUGGAGAUCAUCACUGAGGAGGUUAUGGCGUGUGAACAGAUAAUAGUGUGGUGGUACAGCACAAAAGCAGCGCUGGUGGCGUGGGGCGGCGGCGGCAAGCACGGCGGUAGCGGCAACUCCGCCGCGCAGCACGCCUGCUCGUCCUUAUGCGAUGAGGUUGUGGUACUUUGGCGUCUGGCUGCCCUGAACCCCGGUCUGGCUCCCCAUGAACGCGACACUUUGCACGAGCAGUUCACUCAGUGGCACAUGAAAGUGUUAGAUAAGGUCGCCAAAAACCGCAACAACCACAUGGGGAGCUCAUCAUCCCACACCCGCCACACGAGAACCCACUCCCAUCCCCCCUACAUCAACGGGAUAUCCGAAAACGAAGUGUUCCCAGGCUUCCAGCCCGCUAUGGAGGCCUGCUAUCUGGAGUGGGAUGACUACCAGAUACCCGGAGUGACUUACACCAAGGACCUGAACCCGCUGUACCACAGUCCGUUCACUAUAUUCAGGCAUGCUGAUAAACAGGCUGAUGUGCAUCAGGUGAAUUCAUCAAAAGCAGUAUUAAACAACGAGAUGUCUUUGAGCUAUCGCCUCACCAACCCUGACCCUCACCGCACUUUGGUGCAUCGGACCAGAAUUAAUGUGGACUUGGCCAUCCCAGGACCUUCAGGGCAACAACCUUGUGGGUCGGGUGAGGGCAGCAGUGAGCAACCGGGACCCAGUGAUGGAAACCAUUCAAGCGUUUCCUCUGAAGGUUUCUGCGAGAAUGAGGAAGAGAUCCUAGUAGCCAGCGGCGUCGACACGGACUCGCAAGAAUCCAGCUCACCCGCCGUAUCAUCCGACGACGCGGCGCGACGUGUGUCCAACGAUGACUCCGUAUCAGAUGAUGACUGCAACCUGUACUUCUAUGAUACUGCGGCCGCCAGGCGCGCUGUGGCCGGCGAGGGCACCAGCGGCACUGCUGUGCAAUGCUCGGCCGGGGCGACGCCGGGCUGGGAGUGCGGCUGGGAGGUGUCGUUCGCGCGCGCGGAGGGGCUGCAGGCGCACGGGCACGCGCGCGACGCCUGCGCGCUCGGCGCGCGCCUCGCCCGGGAGCUGCUCGCGCGCCCGCCCGCACUAGGUUCAAGCACAGGGGGCACCAACAACCACGACAUGAGAAAAGCGCGGCGUCGCCACAUGCCGUCCCCCCGGCUGUGCGCGGCCAGCCACCGGCUGUCUUGCCUCGCGUCGGCCACCUUGGCCAAAUGCGCCUUCUUGUGCACCGUCCUAGCAGAAUUCAGCGAGCACCACGAACUAGCUUUCCGCGUGGGUCUGUUCGCCCUAGAAAUGGCGAGACCCCCGGCCAGCACCAAAGCCCUAGAGGUCAAACUCAACAACCAGGAGACUGAGCUAGUGGCGCUGCUGAAGAAACUCCCUACUGGGCCUGAACAGCUAGCCUUAGCUAGGGAGAAAGCUGAGCAACUCCGUGACGGCACGCUGAGAAAUAGAGGACCCGCUCUGCUACCCAUCGCGUUAGCAAGUUUCCUGUUCGACGUCUUAGUUUUAUCUGCGACUGACAAGGAAAACAAGCACCCAGCGAGACAACCUUCAGACGAAGCCCUCGGCUUCGAGGCAGCAGUAGCCGCUCUCGGCCUAAAGGCGAACGUGUCUGAAGCCGAACAUCCUUUACUAUGCGAGGGCACGAGACGCCAGCGCGGAGAACUGGCGUUAACCCUGCUGGCUUUCUACAAGGACGACUCGGUCAAGCUGGCCAGGAUCAUGAAUAAGCUGCUGGACCGCGACAUCCACCAGCUAACGAAGGGCCCGAUGGUGAGCGUGUACUACACCAACAACCCGCGCCUGGCCGCCUACCGCGACCAGCACCCGCACCAGCACCCCCACCCCCACCCGCACCCCGCCGCGGCGCAGCCACAGCCGCCACCGCAGCAGGUACAGUGCCAGCUGGUUGCCGAAAUGGAGCGACUGGUGGUGUCGGAGGGCGGCGCGAGUCCGCCCGCGCACCCGCCGCCACACCAGCAACCUCCGCAUCAGACGCUCGCCAGGCCGAAGGAUUCUAGAUACAAAGGCAAAAGGGUGUACCCGUCAGUGCCUAACCAGCCCUCGGAGGCGUCAGCACACUUCAUGUUCGAGUUGGCCAAGUCCGUUCUCUUCAAGGCUGGGGGGUCCUCUUCUACCAGCCUCUUCACGCAGACCUCCUGUGCGCGGGAACACCAUGGGCCACACCGAGGUUUGCACAUGGCGGCGUUCCAACUCGGGCUGUACGCGCUGGGGCUUCACAACUGCGUCAGCGCAAACUGGUUAAGCCGCACAUACUCCUCGCACGUCAGCUGGAUCACAGGUCAAGCAAUGGACAUCGGAGCGCCCGCGAUUCUGUUCUUGAUUGACGCUUGGGAGGGACAUUUGACGCCGCCCGAAGCUGCGGGUAUUGCUGAUAAGGCAUCAUCGGGCCGGGACGUGCACACAGUGCGAGCCGCGGCAGAACUAGCCUUGUCUGUGUUACCGCACGCACACGCGCUCAACUAUAACGAAAUACAACGCGCCGUGUUGCAGUGUAAAGAACAGAGCGACGCGAUGUUGGAACGGGCGUGUUUGACCGUCGAGGCGGCCGCUAAAGGCGGCGGAGUCUACCCCGAAGUCCUAUACACCGUGGCCCGCUACUGGCACGAGCUCUACCUCCGUCAAGCGAACGAGGACACGGAGCCGCUGCUAGAGGAGCCGCAGUACCGCGCCGUGCCGCCCGUGCACGUGCCCGUGCCCUACCCGCUGCCCUACCCCUUCACCUACCACCCCUACCCGCCCAUCUACCAGCUACAGUACGGCGGCGCGCCACCGCCACACGCCGUGAGCGGCCAAUACGCGCUCCCUCCAUACUUCGUGCGCGGCCUCGUCCCGCACGCUCCCCUCGCGCCGCUACCGACGCAAAUGCCCGCCCAGUUACCGGCGCACGCACCGCACGCGUCACACCAGCCGCAUCAGCAGCAUGCGCAGUUACCGCAACACGCGCAGAUACCGCAGCACCCGCCGCCGCUGCCGGUUAAUGUCAACUUACCGGCGCACGCACCGCACACGUCACACCAGCCGCAUCAGCAGCAUGCGCAGUUACCGCAACACGCGCAGAUACCGCAGCACCCGCCGCCGCUGCCGGUUAAUGUCAACUUACCGGCGCACGCACCGCACACGUCACACCAGCCGCAUCAGCAGCAUGCGCAGUUACCGCAACACGCGCAGAUACCGCAGCACCCGCCGCCGCUGCCGGUUAAUGUCAACUUACCGGCGCACGCACCGCACACGUCACACCAGCCGCAUCAGCAGCAUGCGCAGUUACCGCAACACGCGCAGAUACCGCAGCACCCGCCGCCGCUGCCGGUUAAUGUCAACUUACCGGCGCACGCACCGCACACGUCACACCAGCCGCAUCAGCAGCAUGCGCAGUUACCGCAACACGCGCAGAUACCGCAGCACCCGCCGCCGCUGCCGGUUAAUGUCAACUUACCGGCGCACGCACCGCACACGUCACACCAGCCGCAUCAGCAGCAUGCGCAGUUACCGCAACACGCGCAGAUACCGCAGCACCCGCCGCCGCUGCCGGUUAAUGUCAACCACGGCGCACCCAUCCCCCCUCCGCUGCCCUCAAUACCCGGCGUAGCGGGCGUAGCAGGCGUCGGCCCCGUAGCCGGGCACGGCGGCGUCGGCGUAGCCGCGCCUCUACCCGCGCCCGUAGCACCGCCGCUACCUCAAGCACAGCUACGGCGGCUGCUCGCCGCCUACCGCGUCGGCAUGCUGGCGUUAGAGACGCAGGCGAGGCGGGUGCACGACGAUCGUCCGCAGAACAAGUUCGGCAGGAACCCACCGUACGGCGAGCACGUGAAGUGGCUCCUCCGCAUCUCGAAGCGGCUCGGCGCGCAGUACCUGCACCAGUUCUGCGUGUGCGCGGUGAACUCGGUGGUGUCGCCGUUCGUGCUGUACGAGCUGUGCGUGGAGUCGGCGCACUGGCUGGCGCGCGGAGGGCCGCACCACCUGCUCAUGCAGCACCUGCGCGGCACGCUCGCGCCGCUGGUGCAGAAGUGUCAGCAGAUGUACAUCCAGUGCAUACACCAGAAGCUGUACCACCUAACGCCGGUGGAGUACGAGGAGUUCGUGAGCAUCGUGCUGUCGGCGCGCACCGCCUUCCAGCUCACGCCGGAGGGCAACACGCAGUUCAAGGAGUGGCUCGCCUCGCUGCGGAGAUCCAAAUCGUGCAAGAAGGACCUCUGGACCCAACUGAACGCCGCUCUCCAGACGAACGGCAAAUGACGCCGGCAGCCGAUAGUUUGUCUGGUGCGGUAUACCGCGCGCAAACUGUCACAAUACAGGCGAUGGCCGCGAUACCGGCUCCUCUAUCAAUUGCACACUCUCUAAUAUUACACCUUGUGUUAUUUGUAAUAGAGUCGUUUCUCGCUCACCGAUCGUCGCUUAUUUGUGAGUUUUAUAUGACAGUUCGGCACAUUUGUAAUCGUAACGAGUUAGAUAACCGCUAGGGUUUUUAUUCAUUUUGUGUACGUUGUGUUACGUCCCCAUGCAGACAUUGUCGAUGAGUAAAUUUACAUAGAGCAUAUGUAUCAACAAAAUAGAACCACCAUUAAACCAACUAGUACCUAAUUCUGCUGAUUAAAAACUAACUAAUAGGUACCUAAUUCUAACAACAUUGUUACGCGUGUGUCUCCGCGUAUUAUGCUUGAAAGACGCCAAACAUAUGCAUAUAUUUCUCGUCUUAUUUCAAUAGAAUAAGAUGUAAAAGUGUAAAUAUAUCUUUGACGUCAACCAUACGUGUAUACUUCAUAACAUAAUAUUGAUUGUUUGAGAUAGAUUUACUAGUCAAGCAUAUAAACGUGGGACGUAGCAUGACUUUAGAUUUUACCCUAUUAUUUCUGACGUGGCCGCGUUGCGUGCACUAUUUAUACGCAUCUCCAUUACAAAUAAUACACGCUUUUCGACUCGAUUUGAGGCAACACCUCUAUUAGUAGUAGCAUAAUAACUCAUUAGAGGGUAAUCGAUCUCAGAACAGUUGUAUCGAUAAUCAAAAAUGUUGCUAACUCCUGCAUCUUAUAAUAUUCAUGCCUAAAUACUUAAUGAGUCCUCAAUGAUAGUGUGGACUUGUGUGACGAUUAUCCAUCUCGAGUAGUCAAAAAUUAGAUCUCAAUUUGUAAAUAAUUUGUAGGAAUCGCGUAAAUUAUCUUCAGUUUCAUUUGUUAUACUUCAAAGUUGAUUCAAGCUCAUUUGAAGGUUGUGCAUAAAUAGUCUGAGAUUCGGUUGUUACCUGAGCUCUGUCGGAAUUUGCGGCUAAGACAGUCGUUCAUGUGUUCGAGAGUCGCCUUUCUAUCAACUAAGGAGUUUAGCAACAUUUACUUUGUUAUAUUCAAACUUAUUUAUAUAUCUUGCAAUGUAAUAAUUACAUCUCGAUUUAUUAUUUCCAAUGUAUUGUGACAACAAUUUAUUUAUACAUUGCACUAUUUUAUAUACACAUGAUUUGCUUAUUUCGACUUCCUUUUAUGUUUAACGUUAAUUAUAGUCUUGGUAAACUGAACUGUACGCGUAGCCAAGGCGACAAUCGUUAACGCUAAUCUCAAAAAAAAUCGGGUCAACUGAUGCUAACGAAAAAUUACGUGAACAUUUCCAUACAUUACUUACUUUUUCGCGUUACCAAUUCACGAUUGUGGUCUUGGCAACGCCCCCUGUUAACUAGUCAAUGGUUUUGAGGAAAUAUCAUUGGUGAACCAGUGAAGCUUCAACGCUUUAGCUCAUUUAGUAUCUUUUUAUAAUAGUUUAAGAUGCUGGUUUGAUUUUAGUGCCUUCUGCCUAUAAACGUCUCCUCGUUGCGAAUGUACGCGAAAGGCAUUAAAUGAGAAACUCUUUCACGACAAAUGUUAAUCAAAUGCAGUUGUUUUGACUUACUUUUCUUAUGUUUUUGCAUAGUCUGUGGUUUGAUUAACAUUUAAUUUUUAGUUAAAUACGCCGGCGUGGUGGUACCUUACUCCAAAGUAAAUAUCUAAUAUAUAUUUAAAUUUCGCACAAAACAUUAUUUUGUUGUGAUGUUUUUGUGGUUUACAUUACGUCCAUAAGUUUCAAUAAGUAAAUCAAUUUUUAAAUUGUGUUGAGGUCCUAUAACCAUUUAUGGCUAGUUGUCCACCGCGCCGUGUGACGGCUGCACUUACUGCAGAGGCGUUUGUUACAAAGAUCUCCAUCACGUGUGUAAGUACCGUAAAGAAAAUGAUUGUCCUUCUUUACUCGGUUUAGCGUAUUUAUUUGUACUUUUACUUAAUAUUGUGAGUGCAAGACUUUGUUGGAGCAAAACUGUCAGUUUAGAUUAUAAGAUUUUUGACACUCCUUAUAUUGUUUUGGACAUUUUGUUUAUCUGAAUAUCUUACUGUAUUGACGAAGUGUAAAGAAUUCAAAAUUGAUAACAAUAGUCCAUAUUAUAUUUGGUAAUUGGCUUAAGAUGUUUCAAGUGACCUAAUAGUGUCAUUAGACUACAAGAUAUUAGACAGAAUGUAGAAGACGCCCGUCGAUUCACUAUUUUUGAUAUUCUCUUGUCGAAAUUUGCAGUUUCAUGGAUGUAAAGUACUAGCGUCUUGGUGAAAUAAGGUAGACGUGUGGUCGAUUCUAUAAUAACUUUAUUUACACAUAUUAUUAUAAUAUUAUAUGCAGAGUAGCAUCUUGGAGCCUUUGAAAUAUAUAAUGUAUAGUCUGACGCGCCGGCAACAGAUUGGCAGACAAAUUCAACCUGACUUGAGCUAGCAUCAUUCCUAUGUUAGACGCCGAAAUUAUACAUGCCUUUUGGUCAUACAAAAUUGAUAAUUCCAUACGUUCUUCCAAGUUUAAAAAGCAAUAUUAAUAUAUCAUUUUAUAAGCGUAUUUUAUAUGGCAUAGCACUUCUAUUGUAAGGAAUAGGUAUACCGCUCGUAGGUAUUAAAUGUUUUGCUACUUUUAUUUAGCAUUGGGUAUUUUUAAUAAUACGAUUUUUACAUUUUAUACAAUCACGAACAAAAUAUUAAUGUGACGCGUGAAAAUACAAAUAAAAGUGUCGAAUUCACUUAGAUUCAAAUUCUAUUUAUAGAAGCCAAGUGGUAGGUAACUCAUUUCAAAAUCUAAGUAGGAAUCCGUUAUAGCUUAUUAUAAGAGUAGGUAUGUAUGUUAAUGUUACAUAAUUGUCUUUAAUGUUGAAUUUGCAUCAUGUACCUUAAGUACAAUCUAGAAAAAUAGGUAUACCUACGUAACUUCCUUGAUGCUAUUGGACGUCACUCUACACGUGGUUUCGAGUUCCAGAUUAGACGGCCGUUCAGACAGCUGAAAUUAAUUCGGAUUCGUAGCUCGCAGCUCGGGAGUAAUCGUGCCUAAUUUAUACGACAUUAGAGCAACCCAUUGUGCCUUGACAUCAGUCGAUCGUGGUCGGGAUACUCAUUCAUUACGCGCCUCGCCCGAAUGGCGGGGGCUCCGUACGAUACACGGGCAUUUUCAUUUGGUUGUACGUUUAGGCCCAACUUAAGCUGAUUUAGACGGCGCGCGAACUCGCAUGCGAUUUUAGUUACAUUGCGGACUGUUGGUUACGUCAAAUUCAACGGACCGAUCAAAAACCGCAAUGUAAUGAAACUCGUAUGCGAGUUGUCGCAUCGUCUAAAUGAGCCCUAAGUGUACUUAGUUGAACAAAGCAUCUAACUUUCAGAUAUUCGGCCAAUAAUAUCUUUAACUUCUGUCAAAAACAAUUCCAUACAUUCAAGUAUAAAUGAAGUUUCGGUUUCGGCAAAAAAAUCCGGUUUCGUCGAACACUAAUAUUUGACGACUGCUACCCAGUUAUGGUACAAUUUUGAAUGAAUAUGCCCACAAGCUACCUACUCGUAAUAAAUCGAUAUUGAAAUUAGUGGUAAAAAACUUGAUUCGUGUAGUUUUAAAUGUGGAGAAGUGCACUGUUUAUGAAUAUAGAUAUCAUCAAUAGCCAAGCCAUUUAGAGUAAAUACAUAAGCGUGGUAUUCCACCUGUCCGAUUUCUUGUCCAAUGUAAUUACGUCUCACUCUCUCAUUGAGCAAAAUGUGAGACGCAAUACACAUUAGACAAAGAUAUUGGACAAAUGGAAUACCACCCUAAAAUAUAGGCAAAUGUUUCAUCAGUUUCCCUCAAAAAUUCGUCAGCAAUGACAUUUAUCCGCGAUCUUACAUUGGAAUGAUAUAUUUGUUGCCGGCCCCGCGUUGCGUAGUUUUAGUUCAAUAUCUUUAUAAAAUUAGAUGUUUAUGUGCAUUCAUUAAAAGUAUGGAUGUCUUCAACAUUCAGUAGAUAGUAAAUUUUAGGAUGCUAGUUAGUAUAAAAUGACGUUGGAAAAUCAUUCGAAAAUUGCUACGCCAGCUGAAUCUUUUAUCGUAUUAAAGGAAAAAAAAAUGUAAAGGGAUUUAUAGAUAUACAACUUCCAGUAUUCAGUGUUUGGGUGUAGAAUACUUGAACAUUUAGCGCAAUAGUUUGCAAUCUCUGAGUCGUUAAUAAUGCACUUUGGGUUGUGUGCGUCGCGGGGAUACCCUCUGCGCUUCCAGUUCGACCGGCUCGACCGGUAGCAGUAUUGGAUAUCUAGAGGGCGUUCGUAAUAACACGGGUUGAAAUUCAUAAUAAUAAUUGACAGAUGAUUGUUUGAUUAGGUACAGUCGACGUCAAAGAUAUGUUUACAUUUUUCGCCUUAUUACAAAGGAGUAAGGGGCAAAAGUGUAAACAUAUCUUUGACGUCGACCCUGCAUUCACGUAGGUGUGAGCUACAGUGAGGUUCGCGAGGCAUUCCCCUACCGACGCUCGCAUCCAUCGCACGUCUGUAACAUACGAAUAAAGUGUUCAUAGUCCUUCGUAAUUAAAUUUGUCAUAAUAACUCGCCGUCCAUAAUUUAUUUGCGAAUCUGAAUGAGCGUAGGCUUUGUUUUGCAUCAUCUUCCUAUUAAACUCAUAAAUAUACUUAUAUUUAUAUUCAAAUAUUGCAGAAUUUAAAUAUAUUGUGCUCUUUGGGCAUUAUUAACAUUAUCUGGGGCCCGUUUAUCAAAAUCUUGUAACUUGUAAUACAAGUGAAAGUCCCUUUCUAACAAAAGCUGUCAAAAAGUGACAUCCGCUUGUAUUACAAGUUACAAGCUUUUGAUAAACAGGGCACUGGUGUAAUUUCUCUGGAGAUCACUUUUUCUUUCUCCAUAAUGGCAUUAAAAGUGCUUCGACAUUAUGUCUCAAAGAACUAUUUUUACACUUUGAAGCAUAUAAAAAAAAAGAUAAAUAUAUCGUUAGUUUGGUAAAUAUAGUGCGUUAGUAUGAGCAUAUUUUAAUUAGUCGUUUAAUGCAUGUUCAUAGUCUGUAACUUGUAAUUCGCCCAAUUUAGCAAGUCGGCGAGGUUUCGUAUUGUGGUUUGUUUUGUUUGCCGGUUAUCAAUCAACGUUACAUAUCAGUUGGACUUUGCUUAAUUUAAAUAUUAUGCACGACGUGUUCUAUAAUUUUCUACCUACUCGAUAUAGUUUCGUCGAUGCCAUGGCAACAUAUUUGGCUGAAUUUCAAUAUCAAGUUUGUUAGGUUCAUGUUUAUCGUAGCGCGUAGUAAAGCGGAUUGGACAUACAGCGAUAGAACAAAAGUUUCAUCAUAAUAGUCGUUCGAAGGCGUGAAGCCGCCAGUGCCUAAUCAUAAUAGAGCAAAUUCAGCAACUUACUCUUCUGCAUCUAGCGAGAGAUCACUCGCGCGCGUUAACUCGGUACAAGAGUCAAUAUUCUCUUCGAAUUUAUCAAGGUAGCGCAUGCGAGGUGAUAUAUUGUAUGACUCCUUCGUAAAUCCUUCGCAGCCGUUUAUAAUAACGGCACUAGAAUAUGUCGAGCGUACGCAGGUUGAGUGAAUUUAUUGAGUUGGUCGUGUUUAGCGGAUUAUAAGUUGUCCUGUCCCGUAAUACUCAUGGCAAUGCACGUUGAACACUACGUCACAUCACAGUCGGUUAGUUAUUAUACAGUAUAGCAAGUCUGUUAGUCCAAAUCGACGAUGCAUAAUUAUUUUAUACAUCUGGAUUUGUAGUUUAAUUAUACACUUUGUAAGUGUGGUGUCUCCGCCUAUUAAAAUAUGUAACCAUUACAGUUCGAGUGACUACUUAUUAGAGUACGUAAUAAAUUUAUAUAAUGAUAUUUUUUUUAGUUUCAUGUCGCAUACACAUUCGUUGUCAUUUCGAUUACACGUUGGUACAGUGAAUUGUUAUCAUAAUUUAAAUUGUUUGGUGUAAGAUACAUAUUUAUGCUCACAAUUGCAAGACGCAUGAUUUGUUGGCAAAUAGCGUGUGCCGCUGCCGGUGCGCGGUGUUCCGCGCGACAACCGUCGACUCUUGCAGGACGUAAGACUGACAAGCACCUUGUGAAGUAGUCGAAUGUGGAGUCCUUAUUAAAAAUAUAUGUCCAGGAUGUCUGAAAACAACCCUCCAUUCACCCGUGUUUAAAAUUAAUACUCCUCGUUUACUCCUCACAUUGUUUUAUGACAUCCUGCAUAUAAUAGAAGUGCCCAUACAUUUAUAUUUAAAAAUUAUAUAUCUAUAUAGCACUAGACAUUUUGCUCCGUUGUCGCAAAUGGUUGUAAUUAUAAAGGUAUAGUUAAUAUUAAUAGUUAAAUGAUAGACUGUUUUGCACGAUUUCUGGUGUGACGUGAUCACAAGUCACUGCUCCGGGUUGCGAGGCGGGCGGUCCAACUCUUUGUGAUGACAAGUGGCAAGUAGCGAGUACUCGCUCACUCGCCCACUCGCACCCCGCACUUUUUUAACAUUCGGUAUUCUACCUACGCAAUAUCUCCCCACUAUUAUAAAAUGUAUGUUUCAACUCAAAACUCGAAAUAUUUUGACCUCUACAUAAUUUUUAUUACUUUUACGAUUACACAUAUUAUAAUAAGUCUUUUAUUGAAGUAACAUUAUUUAAUUAUUCAAUAUACUUAUUCUAUAUUUAAGACAAA